AUGGCCGAGCACCACGCAGCGCUCAAGGGCUCGACGGCCAUGAGCUACGGCUCGUUCGCGACCAAGACGUCGUGGCUGGCAGAGCAGAUCAACACACCGACCAAGACGCUGAUCGAGCAAGACUUUUGCUCGAGCCACGAGCAGUGCAUUGCAUACGAAGAAGAGACGCCCCACUCGAAGAAGCUCGUUGUCAAGUUUGACGAGCAUGGCGUCAUGUCGUUUACCGAGCUGUCACGCGCCGACGUCAUGCAGAUCGUCCAGGAGCACUCGAGUCCCAAGCUCAUUAGCAAGGACGAUACCAGCGAAAUGCGACACGAUAGCUACACCAAGCACUCUCGCCCCGUGCGCAAGCGGGCAAGCGUCAACAUGGCCCCAUCGGCAGUCUGCGAAGUGCAGGCACUGCACAUGCGCGACUUGCGCAAGCUCGACCAUACGUUUAGUGCGACGAACGAGCCUUCGAUCGCGGUGCGGAAGCAAGUCAUCUUGGUCAACGCAGAUCCUCUGCGCGGCGUCAUCAUGCGCGACUGCUGCUUGCUCUUCGUACCCAACGGCGCCGACACGCUCAUCCAGCUGCUUCGCAACAAGAUGGCGCUUUCCAAGUCGGAGGAAGGCCACAUUCACUUUGAAUUCCGUGCGCUCGAAGCUAUCUUCUACUCAAUCUGCAAGAUGCUGAGCUCGGACUGCGAGCGGCUAAUCUCUGUCGUCUCCGAGGCACUGAGCCGCUUGGCGGGCGCGCAGCUCUCGUCGGGCGAAAUUGAAGUGCUCCACAUUCUUAAAAACAAAGUGAACGAGUUCGAGUCGCAAGUCACGGGCCUUCGACGCGUGCUCAUGGAGCUGCUGGAAAACGAACAGGACCUCAAGUUGCUGUACUUGACCAAGAUGUAUGAGAAUCCGUACAUGACCCGGGACAUGUUUGCCUUCGACUCGGAAGAAGCCGAAGCCCUCCUCGAAGCGUACCUACAGGACAUUCAUUCGAUGCGCGCCAAAGUCCGUUUGAUCCAGCAGCGCAUGGCCAACACGGAGAAUGUCGUCAUGCUCAAGAUGGACGCGGUCCGGAACUCGCUUCUUUCGAUCGACACGAUGUUCGGUCUCAUCAUGCUCUGCCUCAACUUUGCCAUGUUCGUCGCCAGCUCGUUUGGUAUGAACCUUGUCUCUGGCUACGAGACAACGCCGCAUCUCUUUUGGGGCGUCCUUGGCUCGUCCGUCUCGAUCUCGAUGGUCUUGAUCCUCCUCGGCGUCCGCUUCUUUAAGCGCCAAGGCAUUGCGCUCGUCUGAG